AUGUCAUUAUCUACUACAUCAUAUAAAAUAUGUCGUCGUCCUAAUUGUCGUCAAACUGGAUGUAGUUGUACUCAAACUCUUCUUACACGUUCACUUAAUCGUGAUUUACUUUCAUUAAAAUCAAAAUCAUAUUUUUCGGAUUUUAUAAUUCAAGUUGGUGAAUGUAUUUAUCCUGUUCAUCGAUGUAUACUUGCUGCACGAUCAAAUGUUUUUCUUACUAUGUUUCAACAAAGAGAUACUAUUGAAAUGACUUCAUCUAUUCUUGUUUUAAAUAAUUAUAAUUCAUCAUCUAUUGAUUUAUUUCUUCAAUAUUUUUAUUCAGAUACAUGUGUAUUUACAGAUGAAAAAAAAGCUGAAGAAAUACUUGAAUUAGCUGAUAAAUAUAAUGUUGAAAGUUUAAAAAUUUUAACUGAAGAUUAUUUUAUUUUAAAUAAAGAUAAUUGUCUUCGAUUAUUAAUACUUGCCGAUCGACAUACAGCGACACGAUUAAAAGAUUCAGCACUUAAAUUUAUUAAUAAUAAUUUAGGUUUAAUUUUUUCUGAAACAGGUACAGCUGAUUGGAGAACAUUUCGACAAACAUAUCCAAAUUUAGUUGCUGAUCUUUAUGAAAAAGCGAUAAAUUUACAUUCAAUAUUAUUGGUCAAGAAAUGA